UCAAAUAGAAAUUAUAUAGAAUUAUUUAAUAAUUUGUAUUCCACUGGAAUAAAAAUUUAAUUUCUGUCUUUAUCAAAUCUCUAUUUCAGAGUAUUUGUACGUAUGUACUUAUCGUCUGCUGUAUGAUCGAAUAUCGAAUAGGCGCUUGGCCAUGGAUCGCUGCAUUAGGUUUUCGUAAUCCCCGAAACCCAGACAAACCACUAUGGAAGUGCGGAGGUUCCCUGAUAUCGGCUAGGCAUGUUUUGACCGCAGCACAUUGUGCACAUAUGGAUGGAAUAGAAAACAUACACAAUCAUAAUAUUGUCAUUCUUAGAUUGGUGGAGGAGGUGCCAUUUUCGAGGUACGUAUAUCCCAUUUGUACGAAAGAGCCCCUACGAAAGAGCAACUUCGUCGGCUAUAACCCCCUUGUUGCUGGAUGGGGAGCAUUAAGAUAUAGACGACCACGACGUAAUGCAUUAAUGGAAGUACAAAUGCCAGUGAUUAAGAACGCCGAAUGCAAAUAGCUUAUUCCAAAUUUCCUAAUGCACCUGAUAUCACUGAUGGUAUAAUAUGCGCCGAACAUGCUCAGGGUGGAGAGGAUUCUUGUACGGCUGACCGCGGCGGACCACUGCUGAUACAACAUGAAUUAACCUCGUAUUUAAUAGGUAUUGUGUCUUAUGCUUAUAAGUGCGGCACAGCUGGGUAUCCCAGCGUUUACACUAGGGUCACAUCGUACCUUGACUUCAUUCUCCAAGCGAUGCAAUAAUAUGAUAUUACUGUUCCAUAAAUAUCAUUGUGUAAAAAACGUAAAGUUGGAUUUUCUUAUUGUGGAGAUAAGAAACAGCUCAAAUUUACAUUGUUUGUACGUUACAAAUUAUAGGCUUAAAAUGUACGAAAUGUAACUUUGAAACGACACUAAUUUUUUACGCACGAUAAACCUCCACGACUUAGAUUAUAGAUUCCUAUACGACUCUCAGUAAAAAUUUAUCCGCACUCCAGAUAGUUAAAACUUCUGUCGACCGUAUUGAUCCAUCUGCACUCUUCGUAUGACGUCAAUAUCUGUUCAGUGCUGCUGCGCAGGUUUCUUUGUGUUACGUCAAUUCGUUUGUGACCGUUGCGCGAGUAAUGGCGCUUUGCAAUGGUGAUUUGCAGGAAAACAGUGCAGGAUGCUGUGAUUCGUUUCUUGUGGUCGGAGGUUAUGUUGAUGCCUAUAUUUAUCAAAGAUUUAAUGCACAUUAUGGAGAAAGUGUUUUGUCACGAAGUGUGUUUGAAUGGGCACAAAAGUUCAAAGAAGAUCGCACGAGUGUUAUGAAAAAACAGCUGGACGCCCGUCCACAUCCACGAUGACAACAUUGAACGUGCUCAUGAACUUAUGCUCUAUGGAAUAGACGAGUGACACUGGAUAAUGUGGCAAAUCAUUUGCAAAUCAGCCACGGCUCUGCUUAUGCAAUAGUGCACGACAGAUUUGGAUUUUAAAAAGUUUGUGCGAGAUGGAUGCCGAAAAAGCUGAUGAAAAGGUGAAGACGACGAUGCAUUCGUGGUUCGCACUCAGCCCAAAACAUUUUUUAAUGAGAAAAUACAAAGGUCCUUCGGCAAAU